UAUCUGUUCAAUAUUUUGUUGGGAAAGUUCAAAAAAAAAAAAAAAAAGGAAAUCUUGGAUUAUCUCAAAUAUCUUUGUUUUCUAAAAAGGAAAGACUCGUAAAAAAGGAAAAGGUGAUUUUCUUAAAUCGUAUCAGAUAUUACCGUUGUUAAAAAAAUAUUAGAUAUUAACGAUCAAAACGAGUAUAAAUAUACAUCCAAAGAGCACUCGUACUAUCUCAUACAACAAAAAAAUAAAAUAAAAUCCCACACUGAUUGUAGAGUUCUAAGAAGAAGCUGGAGUGUUACGCAAGAAAAAUAAUGUCGAGCCUCCCGUCGAAGAAAAUUCUGGACGAUCUCUACACUCGAUUUGUUGUGAACGGCCCCGAGGAAGAAAAACAGUCUUUGAAUCGACUCAUGUUUCUUGUAGAGAGUGCUCACUGGUACUACGAAGAUAACGUUGUCGAAAACGACAAAACCCUAAAGUCGCUGUCCUUUGGAGAGUUUACUCGUCUCUUAUUCAACAACUCCGAUGCGUUGAGACCUCACGUUGGAUACAUGGAUAUGAUAUUUAGAGACUUUUUCUCUUACAAGUCUCGAAUCCCGGUCACUGGUGCGAUUAUAUUGGACGAGACAUACGAACGUUGCUUGCUGGUCAAGGGAUGGAAACAAUCAUCGAAUUGGAGCUUUCCACGAGGGAAGAAGAAUACGAACGAAGAAGAUGAUGUUUGCGCUAUACGAGAGGUCCUCGAGGAGACAGGGUGUGAUGUAUCGAAGCUGCUUAAUAAAGAAGAAUACAUCGAGAUUACAUUCGAAGGAAAGAAGAGAGUGAGGCUUUACAUUGUCGUUGGCGUGAGAGAUGAUACAGCUUUUGCGCCACAAACGAAGAAGGAGAUCAGUCAAAUCUCAUGGUUUCGGCUUGAUGGGCUUGAAAGUGGAUUCGCUGGUCUCAAGUUGUUUGAGGUUGCACCUUUUCUAGCAUCCUUGAAGUCGUGGAUAUCAAAGCAUCUGUCUCCUCUGAGCAUUGACAAGCCCCUUAAACCACCACUCUGCGUGUGGACUGCAACAAAGAAGACAACGACAACAAUAACAAUAACAACAACGGAAAGAAGAUACAAUGUAAAACCUUGGAGACAGUCUCUAAAGGUCAACAAGUCUGCAAUUUUGCCGGCCUUGGGAAUUUGUUCUUGAGUAGAGUCAGUCAUCAUAUGGUCAAAUAUUGGGAGCUAUAUGGUGUGGUCGGAUUGUAGAGCAAAAUAGUACAUGAGAUAUACUUUGCUAUUUAGUUUGUUGUACAUGAUUAUAUUGUAUAUCCAGUAGUUAAUGAAACCAAGCUUUAUUCUUUAUUUCUAAAACGUUUUUCUUCUUAAUUUCAGACCAAGUAACUUAUACAUACAAAUUAUAAUAUAGAUGCUUCUAUGGAGAAUUAAACUAAGUUAUGUACAAUCAAAGACCUUUUAUCUUGCAUUGCGUGGAGCAAAUUCAGGUUUCGAACCUAUGACCCUUGCGUUAUUAGCAGGAAGCACUAACAAACUGAGCUAAUAUUA